UAUUUGUUUUUUUCACGUUUUCGUCUCACUUUCUCUAAUCUAUAUCUUCUAAGCCCAUCCAUACUUAUUUGAAGCUUUUCCUUCUUUCGUCUUCUUCUUAUUUUUCAUUUAUUUAUUCAUUUUUUUUUUCAAACGAUUCUUCAUAAUCGACUCACCGAGCUCAGGAAUCGGACCUUAAACCCCAUCAAAACGAGGUAGUACAGGGAAGAAUUCGAAGAAGCUCUGGAGUCAUCGCGCAAUUUGGGUCAUCUUGAGUAUGGAAAGAAGUAGAUGGCUUAUAUUGGUGAUAUUUACAUGUUUAUUUGUUUUUUCAGAAGGAAGAGAAUUCAAGGUCAAGCAUACGCAUCAUACUCCAGUCUAUAAUCAUACCCUUACUACUAUAUUAGUGCAUUAUGCUUCUGCGGUGUAUGUUUCCGAUCUGACAGAACUUUUUUCUUGGACUUGCGAAAGAUGUGAUGGGGUAACUGAGGGAUUUCAAAUGAUUGAACUGGUUGUUGACAUCCAGAACUGCUUACAGGCGUUCGUUGGAGUGGCAGAAGAUCUUAACUCUAUCGUAAUUGCAUUCAGAGGAACUCAGGAGAACAGCAUACAGAAUUGGAUUGAAGACUUAUUUUGGAAACAGCUUGAUAUUGAUUACCCCGGCAUGCCUGAUGCAAUGGUGCACCAUGGAUUUUAUCAUGCUUACCACAAUACAAGCAUACGGCCUGCAAUCCUAAAUGCCGUUAAAAGAGCACAGGAUUAUUAUGGAGAUAUUAAUAUUUAUGUAACUGGGCAUUCAAUGGGAGGAGCCAUGGCUGCCUUUUGUGGACUUGAUCUAAUAGUCAAUUGUAAAGCUCAGAAGGUCCAGGUUACCACAUUUGGACAACCUCGCAUUGGGAAUGCAGUUUUUGCUACAUACUACAGUAAAUUUUUACCAAACACAAUACGAGUGACAAAUGGACAUGAUAUUGUGCCUCAUUUACCUCCUUACUAUUAUUAUUUCCCCCAGAAAACCUACCAUCACUAUCCAACAGAGGUGUGGCUUCAUAACGUUGGACUGGAAAGUCUUAUUUAUCCAGUUGAGAAAGUCUGUGAUAGUUCUGGAGAAGACCCAACCUGUAGCAGGUCAGUUAGCGGGAACAGUGUCAUAGACCAUGUGAAUUAUUUUGGUGUCGAUUUAAAGGGCUCGGCAUGGCGAUCCUGUAGAAUUGUGAUGGAUCAUGGUUUGGUAGACUAUGGCAGAACAGAUGCUGAAGGAAAUUUUGUUGUGUCCAGAGAACCUGCAACUCCUCUGAUCAAACUGAAUACACUGUCGGCUGCUGGAGACAACCAUGUUUAAAGUUAAUGAUCUGGUUGGUGAUUGAUUUCUCUCUUCUGAUGCCGAAGACUCAUGAGAGGUUGGUUAUGGGUUUAUCCUUGUUAAGUUUUCUAACGUGUGGGGGCAGAAGGGAAUUUGUAUAUAUAAUCGUGUUUGUACAUCUUUGUUAUGCCACUUGGGGAGUGAGUGACUGCUAGUAUUAUUUGACGAUUAAAUUCAAUGAUGUAUGGUAUUUAACUACGUACAUAAAUUGUAAAUAAUUAAUUGUUUGUUAUAAACAGUUUGAUCAUCAAUUAUAACAAGCACACACAUGGGGUAAUUGCUCUUA